GCAAAUGUUGGCAUUUGUUAUUGCGCACAGAUAACGCCUGCCAGAGUCCGAUGUGGCCCCUGUGUUGGUCCAGCACAUCUAACACGUGGCCCGUUUAGAGGGCACAAAAACGCACAUACACACACGCGCGCACACACACCAGCGAUUCUUUAAUGUCCUGCACUACAUGUACACUCUCAUUUCUUACAUUCUGUUUUGUAGAAAUGGAGCCAAAAAGUUCCUUUCACGAAUUAUCUCCAGACGAGGUCGCAUACAAGAAUCCCUUUGUGCAUCGUUUAAGUAUUCCACCACUGCGUCGACUCCAAGUAAGUUAUAGCCUACGACUGUUAAGACCUGAUCUUUAGAUGGGCUUGCUCGCCAUCACCAUCCUUCCCUUUCGCCUUCUGGGCAUCGCGGUCUUCUUCAUAUGUGCUUUCCUAUGCGCAGAACUGGCGACACGCUGGAGCGACCCAGAGAAACCCAUGUCUGGCUUCAGAAAGUAGAUCUUGAAAUUCGGUCUUUGUUAUUGCUUUCGCCUCCGAUUCUAGAACAGUUCUGCGGCCUAUCUUCCAUUUCUUUGGGCGACUGGUAUUCUUUUGUGCUGGGUUCCAUUGGAUCACCACGAAGGGCACUCGGGCCAGCCCAGAGGAAGCUCCCAUCAUUGUGCUGGCUCCACACUCCUCCUUCUUCGAUUCCCUUGUUGUGGUGUUGCUCGGUCUGCCCUCGGUUGUGGGCAAAACCGAAACAGCCAAUUCUCCCAUUGGGUGCCUAAUUAAAAUGACCCAGCCUAUUCUAGUAAAUCGUGACGACCCCUCCUCUCGACAGAAGACCCUUCAGGAGAUUCAUCGACGCUCCCAGUCCAAUGGCGAGUGGCCUCAGGUUCUCAUCUUCCCCGAGGGCACAUGCACCAACAGAUCCUGUUUGAUUAACUACAAACAAGGUACUUCGAUCUCUAACCUUGUCUGUAUGAAAUGUUAUUCAGUGUUCUGAGACAUUUGCCUGUAGUUUUCCUUAUAGAGAACGCAUGCACCUUGCCCUAGGACGUGCUAACAGGUUCCUUAAUGAUAAGCGAGCUUCAGGCCUAUUCACGUUGGAUGCAUGUUUAACCUUUGAUUUGUCGAACCUUUGUGGAUCGCAUGGGCUCAUUAUAAGUCGACGUCUUCGCCGGAUCCUUCGGGACGACAGGAAUUCCCGAGUACCUCCACCACGGAUGGUGAAUAAUAGAACUAUCCGUGGCGGGGACUGGUUGAAAAGCGGGCAGUCUCACGCAGACCAUGCGGCUGUAAUACAUACAGACAGGUCUGGUCACCAGUCGGGCAAAUCAUAUACAUGUAAGCGGAUCACAAGUCAUGGCGAUAUUAUGGCAUGGCAAGUGUUGUCCGUCGGCCAGUAGGACUUCACUCGCCGUCAUCCGGCACAAUCCAGGGGGUCGAAGGGGACGACCAGCCACGAACCGAGACGGGGGUGCCACGGGGAAGUCUUUCGUUCACCAAACCGUCCCCGCAACCAGUGUCCGGUCAACUGUGGCUCAACCUGCCCUUACGGAUGGUCAGCGGCACUGAGAGGAACAAUUUUCUCUCCACCAGCGACUGCUGCGCCACAGCAAGCGUCUUCAUACAGAUGGCCUGCCCAGCGGGACGAUUUAGUCAGCUGAUAGCACUGAAAUCAACCGUGUUCUGGACAUCCCCUUUUUCAGAUCUCCGCAUUGUGGCGCCACAUGCUCUGCACGCUAUGACCACAGCAGAGGUUGCAGCGUAA